CAUGCCUCAUCCCCGAUCAAACCGAUGAUCAGGAAUACAUUUUCCAUUUCCGGCUGGUCGGCCUUUCUACACUCCUUUCCCGAUGGCGUCGACUGUGGCCGACAGAAUCGAACUGGCGAAGCUGUGCAGCGCUAAGGAUUGGUCAAAGGCAAUUCGAGUUCUCGAUUCUCUUCUUUCCAGUAGCCACCGCAUCCAAGACAUCUGCAAUAGAGCCUUUUGCUAUAGUCAACUGGAGCUUCACAAGCAUGUUAUCAAGGAUUGUGAUAAGGCCAUUCAGCUGGAUUCUUCCGUACUACAACCUUACACGCUCAAAGGCCGUGCUUUAUCUGCGAUGGGUAAGAGAGUGGAGGCUAUAUUGGUUUGGGAGCAAGGAUAUGAACGUGCUGUUCAACAGUGUGCUGACUUGAAACAGCUAUUGGAGAUAGAGGAGCUUUUGACUAUUGCUAAAAGAAGUAAUUCCAUUUUAGGCGAUGAUGGUUUCACACAGCUGUCUGGAUCUGGCUCUGGGAUUCUCCUUUCUAACAAUAUUGUUGAUUCUUGUAAGAACCAUAGGUUAACUGAUCAUCUGGAACCAUUCCGAAAGGAAAUGGAGACAUAUACAACAUUGAAAGAUAGUAGCAAUGACUGUUUUCAAUCAAAUAAGAGUCAUAAUAAGGCAAGAGAAUAUAGCACGUCCAAUAUCCUACCAAAUGGAGGUCUCCACAAAAAAGAAAAUGGAACCUGUGAUAUUCAUGUCAAGUUGGGUUCUCAUUCUGCAGUAUGCGGUGACUUAAAUCAUACAUGUGAAGAAUGCAGUGGAUCAUCAUUAGAAACUAAUGAAUCAAGUGACUCAUCAGAGGCUAUUGAACUAUCAGAGAUUUUGUGCCAUUUGAAUGAUAAAUGUGGCGUUCGUAUUAAAAUAGGUGAUGACAAUAAGAGAGGUAAAAAAUCCUGUGUCAGCAAGACUUUGAAGACAAAAUCAGUAACUUUGGAUUUACGAUUAUCAAGUGCGAUAGCUCAGGUUAAUGAAGGAAGAUUUGCAGAUGCUAUAUCCAUCUUUGAUCAGAUUCUGGAAGAGCAUCCAACAUACCCUGAGGCAUUAAUAGGAAGGGGCACAUCAUAUGCAUUUAAGAGAGAACUUGAUGCAGCUAUUUCUGAUUUUACAAUGGCCAUAGACUCAAAUCCAUCGGCCGCUGAAGCAUGGAAACGCAGAGGACAGGCCCGUGCUGCACUUGGGGAAUCUGCUGAGGCAGUUGCAGAUUUGACUAAAGCUUUGGAACUCGAGCCAAACUCAGCUGAUAUAUUACAUGAAAAGGGAAUGGUGUACUUUAAGUUCAAAGAUUUCAAAGCUGCUGCUGAAGACCUUUCCUCCUGUGUCAAGCUUGAUAAGGGUAACAAAUCUGCACACACUUAUUUGGGCUUAGCAUUAGCUUCAAUUGGUGAAUAUAAAAAGGCGGAGGACGCACACAUGGAGGCAAUUCACAUAGACCCUAACUUUUUGGAGGCUUGGGUUCAUUUAGCUCAGCUUUAUCAAGAUUUAGCGAAUGCUGCGAAGGCUUUGGAAUGCCUUCAUCGACUUCUGCAAGUUAAUGGGGGGUUUUCUAAAGGAUAUCAUAUGCGUGGGCUGCUUCUCCAUGACAUCGGAGACCACAGGCAGGCUAUUGAGGAUCUAUCUCUGGGGCUAACUCUUGAUAGUGUAAAUGUUGAGUUCUUGUAUUUGCGAGGUUCUUGCUAUCAUGCCAUUGGGGAAUAUAAAGAUGCAGUGAAAGAUUAUGAUGCUGCUUUAGAUCUGGAAUUAGAUUCAAGGGAAAAAUUUGUACUUCAGUGCCUGGCCUUCUAUCAGAAAGAAAUUGCACUGUAUACAGCUUCAAAGCUCGACAGUGAGUUUUGUUGGUUUGAUAUUGAUGGAGAUAUUGAUCCCCUAUUUAAGGAAUACUGGUGCAAAAGAUUCCACCCGAAAGUUGUGUGCGAAAAAGUUUAUAGGCAACCGUCCUUGAGGAAUUCCUUGAAGAAGGGGAAACUAAAAACACUACAUGUUUCCCCUACAAAGCAAACACAUGCACUUCUGCAGGCAGCAGAUUCCAUUGGUAGGAGGAUACAAUAUCAUUGUCCGGGCUUCUUGUCCAAUAGGCGUCAGCAUCGCAUGGCUGGCUUGGCUGCAAUUGAGAUUGCACAAAAAAUAUCAAGAGUUUGGCGUGCUAUGCAUGUAGAAUUGAAACAUUUGAGUAAAGGAGCAUCUAAAAGUGGCAAGAGGUCCCAGAGAAAGGGAAGGAUAUUUCAUCUUAGUCAAAACAGAGGUGGUGCUGGUUGUAGCACUAGCAGUUUCUCAGAAACAUCUACUUCAUAUGGAUCAGUUGAUGACAGACCAGCUGGACGGCAUGUGAUGUCGUGGCAUGAUUUGUAUUCUUUAGCUGUUAAAUGGAGACAAAUAUCUGAACCUUGUGAUCCAGUUGUUUGGAUAAACAAGUUAAGUGAGAAAUUCAAUUCUGGAUUUGGGUCUCACACUCCCCUCAUUCUCGGGCAAGCUAAGGUGGUCCGUUACUAUCCACAUUUUGAGAGAACACUGAAUGCUGCCAAAGCAGUAAUUGAGGAGAAUAAGUAUGUAUUUGACAAGAAUAGCAACAUUCUUGAUCUUUCUGAGCAUAGGAAGUUAGAGGAGAUUAGGAGUGCUGUAUCAUGCUAUGAUCUUUACAGAGCUAUUGGUGAGGACUUCUGGUUGGCCACCAGGUGCUACAGCAUGGCCUUUGAGGGAAGACACCUUGAAGGGACAAGAAUCGCACUAGUAAAAUCGGGUAAAAUUGGAUAUGAUUUCUCAAUAAGUACGCCAUGCACACCUGCGAGGUGGGAUGCAUUUGACAUGGAAAUGACAUCAGCAUGGGAGGCACUCUGUGACGCUUACACUGGGGAGGCAUAUGGCUCAAGAGACUUUGAUGUGCUAGAAAAUGUCAGAGAUGCAAUAUUGAGAAUUACAUUCUACUGGUAUAAUUUCAUGCCACUUUCAGGAGGAUCUGCAGUGGUUGGGCUUGUGGUCCUGCUCGGGCUUCUCCUCGCAGCCAACAUGGAGUUCACUGGGAGCAUCCCGGAAGGCAUCCAAUUAGACUGGGAAGCCAUCCUGGAGCCCGACCCGGUUGCAUUUGUAACCUCUGUGAAGAGAUGGCUGUACUCAUCCCUCAAGGUGACCACAUCCUGGAAAGGCUAUGCUGACGUGUCUUCGACCUUUGACACGACCGGAUCCGUGGUUGCUGCUCUCAGUUCCUUCUCAGACUUGGCUCAGUAAUAGCUUUGAGCCCUUUCUUUUCUUUUCUUUUUUAAAUCGGUCAAAGCAUACGAACACACACAUAAUAGAGUGGUAGUUGGGGG